CCCCCGUUUCUGGCGCUCACAUUCCAGCAUGCUGAGACAACGACUGGCAGUAAACGAGUGCAGGCCGCCCAAAAGGGGAGGGACCAGGGGAGGAAACGGGGAAAAAAAAGCCGAGUGCUUUCCAGAAAGGUCUCGGCCUGAACGAUGCACCUUUUAUGCGGAGAAAUCUCCCGUCUUUAGUGGAGCGGCGCUGACGUAAUGGGGAUCAAGUUAGGCCUGAGUGUCGCAGUUGCAAUUAGAGCGGCCGGCGGGAGGGUGUGAACGAGGUGUCGGAGCCUGUGUCCAAUCUCCUCGUAUCCGCGGCUUUAGGCUGUACCGGGAGCUGGUGAUGACAGCCGCUAUUUUUAACUACCAUCAUCAGCCCGAGGCCGCUAUAAAAGGGGCCGCAGCUGCGACAUGCACUAUUACAGCAGCGUCUUAACGCACUAUCCCGGCACCGCCUUCAAAGUCUCCAUUCCAGCGGCGGAGAAAGCGCCUGUCGAGGGCCCGAGUUUCGGAGUGAAGACUGAGCCCACCGCCGCCUCUUCCUCUGCCGCCUCCUCCUCCUCCUCUACCACCACCGCCGCCAUGCCCGCCUUCUCGUCAUGCGAACUGCUGCCCCCGGGCCCGGCUCCGUCUCCGGCCUCGCUCCUCUAUACUUCCACCGCCAGGAUUCCCCUGCGGCCUCUCGAGAGGAUGGUGCCGAUCCAGAUCUUGAGCGACAGAACGCAGGCCGAGCCCCCGGUGCCGGGCCAUCAGGGACGGGGUGUCUGGACCGAGGACAUCCUGACGGAAGGAUCGCGGAAGGCUUCAGCCCGGAUCCUGGGCGAUGGCCAGCAAGAGCGGGCAGUGACGGACUUACAGCCCGCCUCGGAAGGGCCGGAGACCGCCUUCAACCCGCCGGAUGGUGACAGCACCGAGCGGGAGUACCAGGACUGGGUCGGGCCGGGUCCCGAGUCCCGGGCUACGGAGGCGGCUGAACAGAGCAGCAGCAGUGCCUGGGAAUUCGACGGUGGCUUCAGGACCGUGGACCUGGUGGUGGAGAACAAGGCGGACAGAAACGACAAAGUGGCUCGUUACCUGGCAGAAGUGGAGAAGCAAAAUAGUUACCUGCGGGAGCGACAAAAAUACCGGUUCCAUAUUAUUCCAGACGGCAACUGUUUGUACAGGGCCGUCAGUAAAGCUGUAUACGGUGACCAGAACAUGCACAAGGAACUGAGAGAAGAAACUGUCCAUCACAUCGCAGAUCACUUGGACGAGUUUAACCCCAUCAUCGAAGGGGACAUUGGGGAGUUUUUAAUCAACGCUGCCCAGGAUGGAGCCUGGGCUGGUUACCCAGAGCUGCUUACUAUGAGUCAAAUGCUGAACAUUAACAUAUACUUGACCACAGGGGGUAGCCUGGAAAGCCCAACAGUUUCCACUAUGGUGCAUUGUCUUGGCCCAGAAGAUCAAUCAAAAUCCAGCAUAUGGCUGAGUUGGUUGAGCAAUGGACACUACGACGCUGUGUUUGAUCAGUCUCUACCUAAUCCAGAGUAUGAAACCUGGUGCACAAAAACACAUGUUCAGAGGAAACGAGAUGAAGAAUUAGCAAAGUCCAUGGCAGCUUCUCUUUCAAAAAUGUACAUUGAGCAAAAUGGCUGUUUUUAAAUGACUUUCCUCCCAAGCAGUACUAUUCAUAAACAUUUCAGAUCAGGACCUAAGAUUCCCUGCAUAAGCUGAUGAAACUGAUAUGAGCAAGGCUAGUAAGAAGUACAAAUGUAAAGAUUGUUAAUAUGGUUUUUAUUUAUUUAUAUGCUUACACAUUGAUUGGGCUAACAGCACUUUAAAAUGGAUCAUAAAAUCAACUCUAAGUAAUGCCUUAAUUAAAUGUGUGAAUACCUAGAUGUUUUACCAAAUGUUUGAGCUCAAACUAAUGAAGGUUGCGGGGCACCUGAAUUUUUAAAUCAGGCUUAUUGCAGAUAAGAGACCAUAGGAUUGAAUGGGACUGCAUUGUCUCAUUAAGCAUGUGUUUUUUUUAAUUAAAAUCUUAAUCUUCUGAUGUUUGGAAAGCAACUGAUGUUUAAUCUCUGCUUUGGAGAGUUUUUAUUCUGAAUGGGGUUUUUUUAAAGAUGUUUUAUUGCAAUUUUUUGCAAUUGCUGGUUUGUUAUUGUCAUAUCUCCUUCAUUACGUUCUUGUAUUUGGUAUUCUGGCAGGUAGCUAAUUGCCACCUUGAUUUUUCUAAUUGGUUAGAAUAGAGAUUUUAGAUCUUUUAAAGUUUAGCUACAAUUACUAACGUUAUUACUGUCUGUUUCUUGCCAUUUCACUGACUUUUAUACGCUGUCCAAGAUGUAUUGACAUCCAAAAGUGGUUUGCAGGGUCAAACUUGUAACCAGUUUGCAAUUACUGUAUUUGUAUUGAUUGUGAAGUUAUUAAUCAACAUGGAAUGAAUUAAAACUAUAUAACAUUUCACAAA